GUUACCACAUAGUGAAGUUUUCCUCGCGUUGUCAAAAUCGGCAUUGACGUCGUAAAUAAGACAAACAGCUUGCUAGUUGUUAGAAGUGACAGCUAGCAGCUAAGUUAGCUAGUUAACUGUAAGCAGCAGCUAUAAAUAUUCUCAUGCCGAAGUGAUCUGAAGUGGGCACAGCUCAAAUGCCAGCGCGGUGACUUUGUAGCACCAUAAAUAGUGAGGCAUUAUGGGCAACACAAGUGACAGGGUGGCUGGAGAUCGCCAUGGAGCCAAGGCCCACCGCUCAGACAGCAGCGGCAGUCACAAAGACCAUGAACCCAGCUGUAAGAUGGUGGACAGCACAGAUGACCCCAACAUCUUCAACACCCAUGGGCCAGAGUCCAAGGCGUUAGGAGAGAAAGAAUUCACCCCAGAUCUGGGUGACCUGGUGAAAACUGCUCCUCAGGCUCGACCAACGGUCAUCCGCUGGGCCGGAGGGGGAAAGGAGGUCUACAUAGCUGGUUCCUUUAAUAACUGGAAUACGAAGAUACCACUAAAUAAGAGCCAUAAUGACUUUGUAGCGAUCCUGGACCUGCCAGAAGGAGAGCACCAGUACAAGUUUUUUGUAGAUGGACAGUGGGUCCACGAUCCCUCAGAGCCAGUUGUAACCAGCCAGCUCGGCACCAUCAACAACCUGAUCCAGGUGAAGAAAUCCGACUUUGAGGUGUUUGACGCGCUGCAGGUUGACUCUCUGGAGUGUUCAGACACAUCGGAUCUGUCCAGCUCCCCUACAGGUCCAUAUGGGCAGGAACAGUACAUCUUCAGACCUGAGGAGCAUUUCAAAGCCCCACCUAUACUCCCUCCUCACCUCCUUCAAGUCAUUCUCAACAAGGACACCAAUAUAUCUUGUGACCCUGCCCUGCUGCCUGAACCCAACCACGUCAUGCUAAACCACCUUUACGCUCUCUCGAUAAAGGAUGGAGUGAUGGUGCUGAGCGCGACUCACAGAUACAAGAAGAAAUACGUCACUUCUCUGCUUUACAAGCCCAUCUAAACCUCCACAGUGCUUUUAGAGAGCAGCAUGUUUGUAUUCUGCUGUUUUUGUUUGUGUCAUCACAUUUAGCCAAAUCUUGCACUGAAACAAGUUUACAGGCGAGCUGAAGGCCAGUGGCUGUGACUGUGGCUUGGUUUGUAAAUGGUUGCACUUCUGUCUACACGGGGCUCUAAACAAAAAGUAGCGAAGUGUGCGUAUGUGUGUGUGUGUGUAGGUGGUCUGAGAGAGAGAGAUGAGAACCAUACUGUGGCUUUUACCAGUGACAUGUACAGACCGAUAAGAGACUGACUAAAUCACUGUCUGUAUUUGAGUGUUUGCUGCCUGCACCAUGUGAAUACAUGCAUGUCUGUGUGUUUUUAAAAGUAAGGAGUAAAGGAAGGGGGUGAUCUGUGAUUGAUCAGUUACUUCCAUGGUGAUUUUGUGGAUGUUCUCUUAAAGUGAAGGAGUUUUUUGAGUGUUAUUGAUGUGGAUCAGUUUGAUUUUAAAGUGUUGUGUUGUCAUAUCCUCAGUGAACUAACUGACUUGACAGCAUUUAUGGCAAGUGCAUGCAGAAUAACAAGCUCAGCGCCUAGCCCAAAGUCAUGGUCUAGGCGCUGAAGAGAGAAGCAGACUUGGCUUUGCUUGAAAAUGAAGUGCAAUAACCCGCUGUAAAGAGAACUGAAUUUUAACUCAAACAUGAGGCAGCAGUGAACAACAUCAGUACAUAUUAUGUUGAAUUUCUCACAGUUCAGCCAUCAUUCAUUGGAAUCUACAACGUGAACUAAACAACCAACAAGUCCAAGAUUCCAGUUUUGUUAAUGUAAUGGUCACUAUAGACUACACUUGUCUGUUUCAACAGGAAAAGCCCACCUUCCAGAUGGGGAGUGGUGGUCAAAGGUCGAUGUUUAGUUCUGCUGUUGCCUUUAUCUUGACAUAAUUUUGCGAGCACUUUACCAUCCUGUGAGCAGGGGUGUUGAUGUAAGCUUUUAACUAUGCAGAAGACAAGUCUUGUACUGUAGCUUCUCUGGUCUCUAAAACCCAAUUUGUGCUUCUUCUACUUUUCUUUUUUGUUUUUACAUAUGAUGAACUUGCAGUGCUUGUGUGUGUGCAUCUGUAUUGAGUUGUAUUUAUCUAAUAGGAAUGUACUGUAUCUGUUACAUGUAUAGUCAUACACAUAGGCGUGUACACCCAAACAGUUUCAACUUGCUGCUUUGCAUGUAUUGAAUGUCUGCAACAUGUGAGGACAUGACAUGUUCACUGAGUGUGAUACACAUUCAGAAGCAGAUCGGCCGCACACACCUCAAAAUGUGAUCAGAGGCACAUUUUCAUAUGAAUUUACAGGGCUAUGAAGAUAGAUAGUUGCCAUGAAUUUAAAAGUUGUAAAAGUUUGCUCACAUGUGUGUUCUUUAUAGUAGAACCAUUUAAGCUAAUAUGUAUUUUGAAGUAAAGUGGCUUUGAAAGUUAUUUUUGUCACUUGUAAGUUGUUCAUAUGUCUGCACUUACAGUACAGUAUAUACCCAUGGUUGAUACACUGUAUAAAAGGGGCUUUCAUAAAUCCUGUUGGUGUUCAACUAGACGCUCUGAAAGUAUUUUGCGAAUGUCAAGCCUAGCCAUGAUGUUUUGUCCAAAGAGUUUUUAAGACUUACAGAUACGAUAAGGGACGUGUUUUAAGGCUUAAACCAAAACUUGAAUUUUACAACCGUUUCAUGAAUGUUUUAAAAUGCUUUGCAGAACCAGUGUGUAGAUUCACUGUACAAGGAUUUACUUGUUUGCAAAUAAAGAGAGGACAUGCUGGUCCUAGUUCCUGUU